CAGAAGAUGGCUUGGGGGUGGGUGGGAAGGGCGCCUGCGCGGCCGCUUCUGCAGUGUAGGACGUGCAGCUGUCACCUGCCUUUUGAAAAAGUCGUGCGUUGCAGAGAUGUGGAUUUUGUGUUCCUAACAGUCUAGUUAUGGAAGAGAACUGUGGGGUUAUGAGGCCUAUUGAAGCUAGCCAUUCAGAGAUGGAGAAUAAAGAAGAGCCGUGUGUUUUGGACACAGAAAAGAAGGGAGAUGAAAAAAGGGAGCCUUACAGAAGGAAAACUUCUCCCUCUCUGGCCAAAAAUCACCCUGGUCAGUUUGCCAGUGUGGGGAAAAACAAAGCGAAUGAAAAGAAUAUCUUCCUUCAGCGCCAGAAAAGUUUCCAUUCGGACUCCAACCUCAUCGCUCACUGCACCAGCUACGUCAAGGAGCAGCCAUUUAAAUGCGAGAAGUGUGGAAGGAGUUUCAGUUUGAACGCACACCUCAGCGCCCAUCGACGGAUGCACACGCAGGAGAAGCCCUAUAAAUGCUCCCAGUGUAGCAAGAGCUUCGAUGCGAUGACCAGCCUCACCUGUCACCAGAGGAGCCACACGGGGGAGAAACCCUAUACGUGCUCCGAGUGCGGGAAGAGCUACAGUUCCAGCACCAGCAUGGCUUACCAUCAAAGGACGCAUCGCGGGGAGAAGCCGUACAAGUGCUUGGAAUGUGGCAUCGGCUUCAGCCUGAGCACAAGCCUCAUCUCUCACCAGCGCAUCCACACGGGGGAGAAACCCUACAAGUGCCUGGAGUGUGGGAAGAGUUUCCGGGUCAGCACGAGCCUCACCUCCCACCAGCGCAUCCACACGGGGGAGAAACCCUACAAGUGCCUGGAGUGCGGGAAGAGCUUCUGCGUGAGCACGAACCUCACGUACCACCAAAGGACGCACACGGGGGAGAAACCCUACAAGUGCUUGGAGUGCGGGAUCAGCUUCUGCUUGAGCACCAGCCUCACGUACCACCAAAGGAUCCACACGGGGGAGAAGCCUUACAGGUGCCUGGAUUGCCAGAUGAGCUUCCGACGGAGCUCGGAUCUCAACACCCACCAGAGGAUUCACACGGGGGAAAAACCCUACCAGUGCAUGGCGUGUGGAAAGAGCUUCCGGGUCAGCUCCAGCCUCACUUCCCAUCAGAGGAUGCACACGGGGGAGAAGCCGUAUACCUGCUCGCGGUGUGGGAAGAGCUUCAGCAGAAGCACACACCUCAACGCUCAUCGAAGGACCCACCGUGGGAAUCCUUCAUCUUGAAUGUGUGGA